AGGAGGUAUAGACUUAACAGCACGCCACUGGUGGAUAAUAGCAAUAGUCCUAUUGCUAGCAGCAGCAGUAGGAGUGGGGGUACCAAUAGCGCUCAAGGUCAGCGCAGGGGCGUCGUUCGAAGAACGAUUGGAAGAAGCUUCUAGACUUUUACAAGAAACGCCUUUGAUAGACGGCCACAACGAUUUGCCGUGGAAUAUAAGAAAAUUCAUGCACAAUAAGUUAAGAAAUUUUAAGUUCGACACUGAUCUUAGAGAAGUUUCUCCUUGGUCGACGAGUGCUUGGAGUCAUACUGAUCUAGUGAGGUUGGAACGAGGUCAUGUAGCAGCACAGUUUUGGGCAGCUUACGUACCAUGCGACUCCCAACACAAAGACGCAGUUCAGCUUACUUUAGAGCAAAUCGACGUUAUAAGAAGAUUCACGGAGUGGUAUCAUCCUCGGUUGGUACUCUGUACUUCAUCAGAAGACAUAAAAUCUGCCCACAAAAAACACCACAUGUGUUCACUGAUAGGUGUAGAAGGAGGACACUCUUUGGCAGGAAGUUUGGCAGUUUUAAGAACAUUGUAUCAUGUAGGAGUUAGAUAUUUAACUCUCACUUCCACUUGCAACACACCAUGGGCCGAUUGUUCACAUGUAGAUAUGCCAGGCAAAAAGCCCGAACAUGGAGGAUUGACGAAUUUCGGAAAGGCCGUCAUCAAAGAAAUGAACCGUCUGGGUAUGAUAGUAGACCUAUCGCACGUUUCUACAGGUACCAUGCGCGACGCCCUAGAAGUUUCCAAAGCGCCGGUCAUUUUUAGUCACUCCUCUGCGCAUGCGCUUUGCAACUCUACCAGAAACGUACCGGACGAAACUUUAAGAAAACUAGCUUUAAAUGGUGGCAUCGUAAUGGUUAAUUUCUACUCGUUGUUUUUGACUUGUCGGGAUACUUCAACGGUUGCCGAUGCUGUUGCUCACAUUAAUCACAUAAGAGAAAUAGCUGGAGUGGAUAAUGUGGGCCUUGGAGCUGGAUACGAUGGCAUCAAUUACGUUCCUCAAGGUUUAGAAGACGUCUCUUCCUAUCCAAACUUAUUCGCCGAACUGAUCGGUACAGGAAAAUGGACAGCAGACGAUCUGAGAAAGUUGGCGGGUUUAAAUUUCCUAAGGGUUAUGCAACACGUUGAAAAAAUCAGGGACGAAUUCAAAAGGGCGAACGUACCCCCUUAUGAGGAUGUCAUGCCCAGACAAAAAGGAACAAACAAUUGUACUUCACAGGCGAAUUAUUAA